AUGACAGGGCUUCACUUGUCGGUAUACUUCGGCGUUGAGGCAGCAGUCAAGAUGCUCUACAAAACAGUUGAAGUUGACGUGGAAAACAUAGGAGGCCAGACGCUAUGGUCGUACGCUGCGCAGAAUGGUCAUAAAGCUGUCAUUAAGCUGCUGCUCGAGAAAGGCGCCCGAAUCGAGGCGAAAGAUAACAGUGGCCGGGCGCCAUUAUUGUACGCUUCGGAAAAUGGCCACGCCGUCAUUAAGCUACUGCUUGAAUAUGGGGCCGACACCUGCUCUGAAAAUCCAGAUGGCCGAACACCGUUAUUGUUAGCAACGUUGCACAAUUAUCAAUCUAUCAUAAAGUUAUUGGUGGAGCGUAAUGCUAGCGUCGUUUCCGUGGAUAAAUAUGGCGACACACCUCUGAGAUGGGCAAGGAUUAACGAAAGCGAAGCGGCAGCUAUACUGCUACUAGAGAAGGAUACCGAGGAAGACUCCAGGCACAGCAGUCGCCUUGGAAUGUUUCAUUGGGCUGCAAAUAAUAGCCACGAGAAGGUCCUUAGGCAGCAACUCCGAAAUAGGAUAGACGUCAACUGCACAACGAACUUUAGAUCUAAACGUCUAGCCUUGUUACAAGCUACUGCGCACGUAAAUGAAACAGUCGUGAAACUACUGCUUAAGGCAGGAGCAAACGUGAAUAUGAGCGAUACCGCCGGCGAUACGCUAUUAUCACAAGCCGCUCUUAGUGGAAAUUCAAUCGCCGACCCCAAUUCCAAAGUUAGACUAGCCCCGGUGCUGCUGGUGUCAGCAGUACUGAAAGGGCAUCAAACGGUGGCUAAGCUGCUUCUUGAAAAUAGCGCAGACAUUAAUUCGGCAGAUAGAUCUGGGCGGACACUAUUGAAAGGGGACCAAAUGCUGGUCAAGCUGCUUCUCGAAAACGGUGCAGACGCUAAUUCCGAGGAUGGAUUUGGCUGGACACCGUUAGUGUCAGCAGCGUUGAAAGGGCAUCAUACAGUGGUCAAGCUGCUUCUUGAUAAUGGCGCAAAAAUUAAUUCUGAGGACGGACUUGGUCGGAUGCUAUUGUUAUAUGCAGCAGUAAACGGAUGCGAAGAAGUCAAGCUUUUCCUCAAGCGUAACGCUGAGGUUAACUCUAAGAUAAAGUUGGCAAGCUCCAUUAUCCGGCCUCUUUUUUCCUUCAUCCACCAAGAUUGUAUAACCUCUACUAGGUCAUCGUAA